GUUUCUCUCUCCAACUUUUGCAUGGAUCAGUGAUAGAGGAGCCCUCGUUGUCGUCUUUGAUGCGUUCCUUUUUCCUUUUCGGCCGCUUCUGUGGCCGGAGGGAUGUGCACGCCUUUCGAUUCACAAGCCGCGUCCGCAACCCGCGACGCCAACAGUCCUUCUCCCAGUGGACCAGAAAAUACAGCCUCAAAGACCCCCGUCAGCGGCGCACUCCAUCUCUUCUGGCUGCCGCGGCCGCUCUUUCUCCAGCAGCCUUUAUUCAACUUGGGGAGGAAAAUGACGGUGGCAAGACUCGAGAAAUCAAAAUGUUGGAGGUGUCGAGGGAGGAGAUCAGCAAGAAGGUCCCCGACGACGCCUACGGCUCGCGUCGACUGUACAAGAGCAUCAUCUACAUCCUCGACCAGUGGAUAUACGAACCCCUUGCCACGAGCCUGCGCUUCUGUCAUUUGCUCGUCAUAUUCGUCCCCGUCAUCGUCACCAUCCCCGCUGCAUUCCUAGGUCCGAGGAGAAAAGAUCACGAUAACGAAAGAGCGGGGACAAUAUGGUGGUAUGGGUUUCUUGUGAGCUCCAUGGAGAGAGCAGGCCCUGCUUUCAUCAAACUGGGUCAAUGGGCUGCGUCCAGGAGCGACAUUUUCCCCGCCGAGAUGUGCAGGCAGAUGUCCGAGCUGCAUUCUAAUGCUCCUGCCCAUUCUCUCCGGCAUACCAUAAAGACCAUCUCGGAAGCAUUUGGGGGAAGGGCAUUUAACGAAAUCUUUGAGGAGUUCGAUGAGAAGCCUCUCGGCGUCGGAGCCAUCGCUCAGGUGUACAAGGCAAGGCUAAAGCCGGAUCUCGCAAAGCCAGAUGAUAGCGACCUCGAAGCGCAAGACAAACACAGACUGAGGGAUCGGAUCAGGAGGAAUGUGGAUGCCCUCGUCAAGUCAAGCCCACAACGAGUCCCUUCAGCCUAUGUCGCUAUCAAGGUCCUCCAUCCAAAGGUGGAACGAAACGUGCGUCGGGAUCUCAAGAUUAUGGCCGUCUUUGCCGCAAUCAUCAAUGCUAUCCCGACCUUAGAGUGGCUUGAUCUCCCGAACGAAGUCCACAACUUUGGCGAGAUGAUGAGGCUGCAGUUGGAUCUCCGGAUCGAGGCCGCCAAUCUGACAAUUCUUCGGAAACACUUCCAGCAUCGAACCACAGCAUGGUUCCCUUAUCCAUAUACAGACUUUACUACUCGCACUGUUCUGGUGGAGGAGUUCGCUCAAGGUCUUCCGCUCGCCGCGUUUCUAGAAUCCGGAGGUGGCGCUUUUCAGAAAGACAUUGCAAACGAGGGAUUAGACGCCUUCUUACACAUGCUCCUGAUAGACAAUUUUGUUCAUGCCGACCUUCAUCCCGGCAACAUCAUGGUCAACUUCUACAAGCCAGUCCACCCGGACAUGGGGUUGGACGUCAAGUUACCUGCUUACAUGUCUCGACAAGACGCAUCUCAGCCAGCGACAGCUUCCGAAAUCGAUGAGUCCGAGGCAGUUCUAUCGCGGCUGCGUCCGUAUGUCGGCAAAAAGCGGGAAUGGCUAGCUGCCCUGGAUCAACUUGACAAGGAGGGUUACAUACCACAACUGAUCUUUAUCGACACCGGCCUCGUCACCGAACUCAACGCCAAGAACAGAGCCAAUUUCUUGGAUCUUUUCCGUGCCGUUGCCGAAUUCGAUGGCUACAAGGCUGGGCAUCUGAUGAUUGAACGAUGCCGUCAGCCUGAUGCCGUUAUCGACGGUGAAGUCUUUGCCCUCAAGAUGCAGCAUCUCGUCCUGGCCGUCAAGGGCCAAACGUUUGCUCUGGGCAAUGUCAAAAUCGGCGAUGUUCUUUCUUCAGUUCUCGGAAUGGUACGGGCCCAUCAUGUCAGGAUGGAAGGUGAUUUUGUGAAUGUGGUCAUCUCAAUUCUGCUUCUGGAGGGUAUUGGAAGGGCACUAGAUCCCGAUCUUGAUCUCUUCCAGAGUGCCCUACCAAUUCUGCGGCAACUUGGAUCUUCCGACCCCGGAGCCGUGCUCAAGAGCUUCAAGGAAGGCGAUUUCUCAUUACUGAAGAUCUGGGUCGGACUCGAAGCGCGCAGGUUCUUCCAGGCCAGCGCGGAAAGUGUUGAGAUGUGCGUCAAGUACGAUUUGCUUAGUCCCAACGUGUGAGCAGAGAGCAGCACGCAGACUUCGAGCCGGGAUGUCUCGCCCGGUCCUACGUCUGCUCGCGUGCAAAUACCAAAACUCUAACCCAAGCCACACCGCACGGCAGUUAUCAAACAAACGCUUGGCGAUACCAACUGGCAUCUGAUGCCGACCUGGCACACAGAUGGUCUGUUCUCUGAGCAUACCCUGAGCAGUGCAGCGCGACUCAGUGCCGGAAAGGGGGCAAAUCGCGUUCGGCAAUCGGGUGUCGGAGAUGCAGGCCACGAGACAAAGCAGUCUUCCGCUGCAAUUUCUAGUCGACUAAUCUCGCCCAUUUACUCUGAUUCGAUCAUCGAAUGAACACCCAAAGUCCAGUCUCGGGAUCGUCUGGGUGACGAUGGCUGUGGGAGACCAUAGCGCGAGCAACAGCCAGGACGACUGCCUCCUGACAGCUGUCACAUUAUUCGACCUGGAGGAUUUUCCACACAUAGUCACGAAGUCUCUACUCAGUAUAUACCGAUUUGCAAAUUACCCAACUCAGCUCCGCCGCUCUGACCUGCACCGAAGUGGGCUGAUAUCCGGUCUAGACACUGCCGACAACAGCUCGCCCAGCCAUCAACAUUUCGAGGCGGUGGGAUGAGACGUGUUCGACGACUCGGUACAUGGCACUGGCUGUCUAGGAUUCGCACUAACAAUUAGCCUAAUGUAUUCUCUAAGCAGUAUCGAACGCAUCCUGUCCGGGAGCCACGGAGGCCUUAUAAGCAGAAUCCAUAGGCUUUGCAUGUGGCAAAAGGGAAACUCUCGGUCGACGAGGUUGCGGUCUUUGUCGCCUGGGAGCUUGUCCAGAGCCAAGGGGAACACUGGUUCGUCCUCUCCAGGAUUCCUCGCUCAGGCCUCGCUAUAUCUUCACAUGCGACACGACGCCGAGAGGGUCUUUGUUCCAACAGCUGUCUUCUUGAGAUUACUCACCUCAAGCCUACAUUAGCCUUCCAGGCCCGAUGCAACGCGUGAGGGUCACAGUCCGGCAAGGUGUUUCGGUAAUUGUCCUUGUGGAUUCUGUAUCUAUAUCUAUAUCUACAAUCACGUUAGGAGUUGCCCUAAGAAGGUUCGACGCCGUCGGAAGCUGGUGAUUCUACUCAGGGACGGGCAUUACAAUAAGGCCGGUCUGGCCUGCUCCCGCGGUAUAGUUUGGGGGGCAAACACUCUCCCCCGUGGAGUUGACGCCUCUGUGGGGGAAGAAGGGCCACAGUCAACCGGGGGCCGGACACGGAUCGGUGACGGCCGCCAGACCGUGUGCCACCCAAGCCCAGCAAUAACCAGAAGAAGGCUGCUCCAGGGGGGUCGAAAUAAGUUAGGUUUAUACGCCUCCAUUUAA